UAUAAUAAUGGACUAAUGUCACGUGGCAACAAAAUUCAAAUAGACUGUUUCCCCGCCUCUUUCAUCUCCCCAAACCAGUGACCAAUUUUCAUAUUUCCGACGAGGCUAAACCACAAGGACAUGGCCGUCAUUUCCAUAAAUCAAACCAUUACAACUAGCUCCGAUGACCCGUUAUUGCCUUGGCUAUGGUCAAUUGCGAAAGCAUUGAAAGAGCAAACUUCAAAUGAUGGAAGAGAUUUGUAUGAUCUUUGCUUCAACUGUGUCAGUACGUUUAAGAGCGAUCCUCGGUAUCAAAAUGACGUCAGAUUUCUCAAGAUUUGGUUUCUAUAUAUGGAUAGCAGUUCGGACCAUGAAAGCAUAUAUAGAGAAAUUGAGCAGAAUAAGAUUUGCCUAUCCAAUUCUUUGCUUUACGAGACGUAUGCGUUGUUGCUAGAGGCGAAAGGGAGGUUAAUAGAUGCAUUUCUCGUUUACCAUUUGGGAAUUUCAAGGAAUGCUGAGCCAUUGGGUAGAUUGAAGAAGGCGCAAGUGUUGUUUCUCGAGAGAAUGUCUGAGAAAGUAACAGCUGGUUCAUUACAGAAGAUGGACAUAGUGUCAGAGAAUGGUGAAGCUUGUAUCAAUCCAUGGUUGAUCUCAACAAUUAAAGAUCUGCUACAGAAGAAGAAUCCUGAGAUAUUAAAAUAUGAUGGAUACCACCCAAGCAAAAAGGCAUAUUCAGGAAAGGUAUCGUUGUCAACUUUGCAGAAAUCUGCGAGGAAUAAAACUAUUGAUAUAGGUGGAUACAGCUAUCAGAUCAAGGGAUGUGCGGGUCAGGGAGGAUUUGCUCAGGUAUUUAAAGCAUGUUGCGAUGGUAAUCCGGACGAGGUUGUCGCACUUAAGAUCCAGAAGCCAGCUUUCCCUUGGGAAUUCUACAUUUAUCGUCAACUGGACAUGCGGAUUCCAGAAAAAGAAAGAUUGAGCUUUGGGUAUGCCCACCGAUUGCAUCUUUACUCUGACUACAGCAUACUUGUUUCUGACUUCCUGGCUAAUGGCACACUUCAGGAUGCAAUCAACUCCAAUGCUGUGCUUGGUGGGGCCAUGGAAGAAGUUUUAUGUAUUUAUUACACCAUUGAGAUGCUCUGCAUUUUAGAAACUUUGCAUGAUGCCCGGAUUAUUCAUGGCGACUUCAAACCAGAUAAUCUUCUGAUUCGUUAUGGAAGGGACGAUCUGGCAGAAGACCUGGAGACUUUUCGUCACCGUACUGGUCCAUGGAGGGAUCAGGGACUUUCCCUUGUCGACUGGGGAAAGGGUAUAGACUUGAGCCUCUUUCCUGGCCAGACUGAGUUCAUAGGGGACAGUCGAACUUCUGGUUUCCGUUGCAUUGAAAUGCAAGAAAAAAGGUCGUGGAAGUUUCAGGUGGAUGCAUAUGGCCUCUGCGUCAUUGUACACAUGAUGCUUCAUAAUUCAUAUAUGGAGAUUGAGAGAAGACCUUCUCCUCAUGGUGGCCAUACUUAUCAACCUAAGUUGCCUUUUAAGCGAUACUGGAAAAUUGAACUCUGGAAGAACCUAUUCACCACAUUACUUAACAUAGACCGCACUGAAGACCAUAAGAACAUAUUGAAGAGCCUGAGGGAGUCAUUCCAGGAUUAUAUGUGCUCAAAUCCUCAGCUGAUCAAAAAGCUUAGGCAAUUGCUGUCAAAGCAAAGAAGUUCCUUAUGUUCUUCAUAGGGACGUUGUUUAGAAGAAUGAGCCCUGAAGCAGUUCGACAUAUCAAAGCCUCAUUGAUUUACGAAACUGUUUACAUUCAUGUUCAUAUAUCAAUGCGUUACUGUGAUUGGCCUACAAAGCUUAAUGACAUUCAUCUAUCUGUUGAACUGUAGGUGCUGCUGCCCUUUUUUUUUUUUUUUCCCUCUUUGGUGUCCGUCUUUCCGAAGUUAUUUUUCCUGAAAGAUAGGCUUGUGUUGCAUGUGUAAUUUGUAUCCAAAAACAUAUAAUUGGGGUUCUGAACAUUUGAAUUCCUUUGCCACUCGCACUUCUCUCAAAUAAUGUGGGAAGCAACUUUUACAUAUGAGA